AUGAUUGGUCAACUAAUUGGAUUCCUGAACCGACUCAAGCGAAACAGUGCUAUAUCGCUAGACGAAUGGCGACAAAUGAAACCAACGGACACGGCACUGGCCCGGUUUUAUGGAUUACCCAAAAUCCACAAGCCCAAUGUUCCCCUUCGACCGAUCGUUGCCUUAAAAGGCAGCCCCACUUACAAUCUAUCCAAGUGGAUGGCCCGAAAACUUAAUUUUCUCCGAGAAGACUCAAUGACCUCCAUCAAUUCGGCCUCCCAAUUCCUGGCCGACAUCCGAGGAAAGGUUGUCCGACCGGAGCAGAUUAUGGUGUCCUUUGACGUGGUUUCAUUAUUCACGUCCAUCCCACCGGACCUGGCACACGACGUUCUUCGCAAACGACUCGAAGAGAAUUACGACGAGAUGAACAAACCCCUAAAAGUCGACCACAUACUGCAACUGUUUGCUUUCUGCCAGCAAACCUUCUUCACCUUCAAUGUCAGAACAUACGAGCAGAUCAAAGGAACGCCGAUGGGUUCGCCAAUAUCCAGCCUGGUUGCAGAACUAGUCGUGCAGGAACCGGAAAAAGUCGCCUUCGACCACUAUGAACCUGCAUUUUGGCGCCGGUACGUGGACGACACGUUCGUCAUAAUUGAAAGGAGCAGACUGGCCGACUUCCAGACCUGCUCAACGGAAUCUUCCCAGACAUUCAGUUCACAAGGAAAGAAGAGCAUGCCAAACAGCUGCCUUUCCUUGACGUUCUCGUCACACGCACACCCAACGGCGAACUCAACGCCACGGUGUACAGAAAGGCGACUAACAUGA